AUGGACUUUAUCAAAGCUUGGUGCGUGCACAGCGGCAGUUUAGAUAUGAUUGCCGCCUCUGAGUUCAAGAAGCCUGGCGAUCACCACGCAUUCUAUUCAAAGGCAUCCUCGUGGUGUCCAGACUUCAGCACUCCGUCACUCUCAAGCUCUCUCGUCCGUCGUGAGAAGUUCCGGCUGGCCCAGACAUCCGUCCUGGACGAUAUCGACGGCAGGGCGUAUUGUGCCGAUGGCAAUGUGCGCCAGGAGCCAGGGGACAGCAAGUACUUUGAAUUCGAAGGCAUCACCCUACACUGCAUGGGCGUCAUACUGGACAAGGUCGAUUGUGUUGUAGCCAGCAAAAACCGAAUACCCUUCGGCCGACGUCGCAGUCUUUGGACUCAUUGGAUUUUGCAAAGACUUCUUCGAGAAGAACAACAUCACCAGGUACAACGAUGUCGCACAGGCGGUGGUAGCGAUGGUACACGGCGACUGCGUUGCAUCGUGGCCGAAAGAGACGAAAGGCCUGAGAUGCUUCAAGAUGAAGACCCGGACACGGCCGUGCACGGGAAGCGUCCCAAGUGGUGCGCACUAUCAUGCGCGACAGGCACGUUCGUUUCUGAGAAGGGUUAUCUCAGCCUCAUACCGAACCUUGUCAGCGAGGUGGAGGGCGAUGGUCAUAGUCGUGGAGCGCUUCACCUGGCGAUCCUGCCAACGUGUUCCGUCCCCGUCUUGCUCGGCGAUCACCCGGAGAUUGAAGGCGCGUACAGGUUUCUGGGGACUUGUUUCGUGCAAGGCUGGAUGGAAGGUGAGGUCCUGACAGAAGAAAUGGGCUGCGAUGACCCGGCCGAGUUUUGGGAAGCCAUGACAGGCGCCGAGAAACUCGGGAUUGUAUGA